GCGGAUGCCUGCCCGAGAUCCGCGAGCAGCAACCUGGACUUAUCCUUUUGACCGGUCCUCCGAUUUCGGGCAGCAAUGGGGUCACGGUCAUAUGCGCGCCGCUGAGCGCUAAAAGCACGGGUAUCAUUUACGAAAGCUUGGCUCACAUUUCUCAUAAGAUUGGAAACAGCCCGAGGUCGACUCCAGCAUUUCACCUCAAACAGAAACAGGAUAAGCUUUUGGAAUCCGAAACAUUCAAUGCAGAUAUCACUGUGGUGUUUGUGAAAAGGAUUCCUAAUACAGGAAGAAUGGCUAUGGCGAACUCUAACAGUAAUAACUGUCACAGUAGGACUCUGCGCAGGCUGAUGAAAUCAUGCUGGAUGCCCCCUCAGUCUUGCACAGAGCUGAGCAGGCAACAGCACCAAAGAGACCGAGAAGAAGAAGAGGAAGAAGAAACAUCUUUUAUGGAUUUGUUGCCAGAUGACUUGUUUGCAGAGUGCUUGGCUCGUCUGCCUCGUUCUUCAUUGCAGUCUUCCAUGGCAGUUUGUCACAGAUGGCACCAGCUUCUUAUAUCCCAGGAUUAUUACAACCUUAGGAGAAAAAUUGGUAGAUUGGAAAACAUGCUUUAUGUGUUUGGUGGCGCAGGAAGUGGUCUGGCUUCUGCUGUUUAUAGCAAGAACAGUAAAUCAUGGAAGGCUGGAUUGCUGUUUUCUGCUCGAGCAAUCAAUGUUUCCAGUAAUGGGUGGCUGCUGGAUUACCAUACUUGUCACAAUUCGCUGCUGUAUGCCCAGCCUGCGGUUGUGGGUAACAAGAUCUUUAUUCUGGGUGCAAUCCCUGGGCCUGGUUGUGGUAGCCUUAAUUAUACCCUGGUUUAUGAUACAUGGACUAAAUCUCUCAUUCGUAGGGCGCCCAUGAUCUGUACCAGGAAGAAAUUUGCAUGUUGUGUUAUUUCAGGCCGGAUUUAUGUCGCUGGUGGGUCUCUGAGACGAGAUUCUACAAGGGAAGCGAUUGUUAAUGCAGAGGAAUAUGUUCCUGGGCUUGAUUUGUGGAGACCCAUUUCGAACAUGCCCAGAAAACGGUAUGGGUGCUUGGGGGCUUCUGUAGAUGGGAUAUUUUAUGUAAUUGGGGGGCUCAAGUUUGGGAGAAAAAACAGAUUCUCUGUGCAGCCUUAUGCGUAUGUGAGUUCUAUGGAUUCAUAUGAUCCCAAGACAGAUACCUGGCUCAAGACUAAGCCUCUGCCAAUGGGUGGUUGUGUCAUUGCCUGUGCAGUCAUGGGGUCUUAUAUCUAUAUGCUGUGUAGCCAUGCAGUCGAAUUGUCUCUGUGGAGGUAUGAUGCGAGGAAGGAUACGUAUAGUAGGAUUAAGUCUCCUCCUAUUCCAUCUCCUUUAAGGAUGGAUAAUGUGUUGAAAUUUUGCUGUGUUACAAUGGGGAGUUUUGUUUAUAUUGUGCAAGUUGGAGGGUCGAUUGAUGACUUGCUGAGGAGGAGUGGGAGGUGUGCUAGAGGCUUGAAGGAAGGACUGGUUUUAAUUUAUGAUACAAAGCUUCAGGAAUGGUGUAGGGGACCAGAUUUACCUUAUGUUAAGAAUGGUGCUGCUUGUGCUGUAGUGGAAUGUUAGACAAAUGGGCAGUCAUGAUUUUGUUUUUCAAUUCAAUUCGAUGCAGAAAGCCUUGAUUUCAUUUUUCUGCAGAUUCAUAAAUGUAUUGAAGAGGUUACUGCAAGUUUGCAUGUCAAACCCUCUUGUGUUGUAAAGAUUCUUUUUUGGGUUUUUGCUGUUUAUUGAUUCCUCCUGUCAUGUGGUGUAAUCAUUAGUGAGCAUUGAUUGUGUAUCUCUCAACCUCCUGCUGAAGAUUGCAAAAGUAGCACAAAUUUUGGUCGAAGGUGGGGAACCUAAACAGACAACUUUUCCAUUAAUGGCAAUCGUCAACAUACUGGUGACCUUUUUCUGAGCUGAAACUAAUCAAUAACCUUGCAGCGUGUAUUGAAGACCAAGUCUCACCAGCUCAAAUAAUAUCAUUGUGCCUUCAUCUCUGUGAUGAAAAAGGAUGGCCACCAUAGAGCUUAUGCUCACAAACCUCAAUGGGUAUGUACGCUGGCUCAUCUUCUGUUUUCUUUAGAUCUGGUUUCCUAAGAUUGAUUAAAUGAAACCAUAAGGGUUUCCAUAAGGCUACAGAUUGCCCUUAUGUUCAUGCAACCUUAGCAUUGUGUUUUAUGAGUGAUUUUGGAAUACCCCACCCCAUUGGUUACAAAUGUCUCUACUCUCUACUGUUCAGGCAAUAAAAAACACAGAUUUCAUGAUU